AUGCGCAAGACGUUUCUCCUUCUGAUUGUUACCCUCCUCGGUAACGGAAGUACCAUAUCUGCAACCACGACCGGAAACCAAGCUGCCAUCUCUACCCUGGAAUCGCCAGUUCUGCUCACUCACGAUACUCAAAAGCGUUUUCUGCGGAGCCACAGCGAAGCGGAAGAAGGCAGUGAAGAAGACGAAUUUGGAAACGCUGAAGAGAGAAAAGUAGGGGCGAACCUUUUCGCGGAUUCGAAGCUCGCGCAAAUGUUGAACUCUCGUAAAACGUUCCCGAGGUUUGCGAGGUGGAAACGCGAAGGGUUCAUCCCCAGCACUCUUAGAACGAAACUAGAGAAACUUGGUCUCUGGACAAAAUACAGUGGCCUCCACACGAUGUACUCAAACAACUACUACGUACACCAUCGAGAAGGCCAAACCGUCAAAGUACGCGUAGAUCUGGCGAUAAUCCACUCGAGGAGAAAUACAAAUGGAGGGUCUUAA